AUGACACCUCCAUAUAACCCAGACAUUAAUUUUAUUGAGAACUUUUGGUCUGAGGUUGAAAAUAAGCUUCGAAAAUAUCGCCCAAGACCUGGCAACCUUAAUGAUCUUGAAAGAAUAGUUAAGGAAGAAUGGGAAGCAUUAUCCCAGAGUUAUUAUAGGCAUCUUGUUAAAG